AUGGUGCAUUCUGGGGCGUCAGAGGCAGGGGAACUAAAGUUUGUGUCCUGCAACAUAGCAAAUCUGAGGCCAGCUGGGCUACAUGAGACCCUGCCCCCAAAUAAAAGCACACCAUUUGUCUUUUCCCCUCUUUCUGUUCUUGCAGCUGACAAAAGUAUAGAUUAAAUUGCUGUUCGUUCAGCCCGGGAAAGCAGGGGCACGGGGAUGGACUGUGAGGCGUUAUGUUUAGCUCAUCUCUCUGUAUCUCUCGCAGGCUAUGCCCAGGAGGAAGUGCUGAAGGAAGAGGAAGAGAUAAAGGAGGAAGAGGAGGAGGAGGAAGACAGCGGUUCAGUGGCCCAGCAUCAGGGCAGCAAUGACACUGGGAUGGACGAGGAGCUAGAAACAGUCCCAGAGCAGAAAGGCUACUUCAGCUGCCAGAACUCUCCAGGGAGUCACCUGUCCAAUCAGGACGCAGAAAACGAAUCUCUUCUGAGUGAUGCCAGCGACCAGGUGUCAGACAUCAAGAGCAUCUGUGGCCGAGAUGCCUCGGACAAGAAAGCAAAGGCUCUCCCCAAGCUUCCAAGCGAACCACAUAACUGCAUGGAUAAAAUGACGGCUGUCUAUGCCAAUAUCCUCUCAGAUUCCUACUGGUCAGGCCUGGGCCUCGGCUUCAAAUUAUCCAACAGCGAGAGACGGAGUUGUGACACCCGCAAUGGCAGCAACAAGAAUGAUUUUGAUUGGCACCAAGAUGCCCUGUCCAAAAGCCUCCAGCAGAACUUGCCUUCCCGCUCUGUCUCUAAGCCCAGCCUAUUCAGCUCCGUGCAGCUGUACCGGCAGAGCAGUAAGAUGUGCGGCUCGGUGUUCACCGGGGCCAGCAGGUUCCGCUGCAGGCAGUGCAGCGCAGCCUAUGACACUCUGGUAGAGCUGACGGUGCACAUGAAUGAGACAGGCCACUAUCAAGAUGACAACCGCAAAAAAGAUAAGCUCAGACCCACAAGCUACGCAAAGCCCCGGAAAAGGGCCUUCCAAGACAUGGACAAGGAGGACGCACAAAAGGUUCUGAAAUGUAUGUUUUGUGGUGACUCCUUCGAUUCCCUGCAAGAUUUGAGCGUCCACAUGAUAAAGACAAAACAUUACCAAAAAGUGCCUUUGAAGGAACCGGUACCAACCAUUUCCUCUAAAAUGGUCACACCAGCCAAGAAACGUGUUUUUGAUGCCAACAGGCCUUGCUCCCCUGACUCAACCACAGGGUCAUUUGCAGAUUCAUUUUCUUCCCAGAAAAAUGCCAGCCUGCAGCUGCCCUCCAACAGCCGCUAUGGCUACCAAAACGGAGCCAGCUACACCUGGCAGUUCGAGGCCUGCAAGUCCCAGAUCUUAAAGUGUAUGGAGUGCGGCAGUUCCCAUGAUACCUUGCAGCAACUCACCACCCACAUGAUGGUCACGGGUCACUUUCUUAAAGUUACCAGCUCUGCCUCCAAGAAAGGGAAGCAGCUGGUGUUGGACCCACUGGCCGUGGAGAAAAUGCAGUCGCUGUCUGAGACCCCAAACAGCGAGUCUCAGGCCCCUAAGCCAUCAAGUAACUCCGCCUCUGACUGCACAGCCUCUACCACUGAGUUAAAGAAAGAGAGCAAGAAAGAGAAGGCAGAGGAGGUCAAUGAAGAUGAACAAGGCAUGAAAAGCGAGGACUAUGAAGACCCUCUACAGAAACCUCUCGACCCCACCAUAAAAUACCAGUAUCUAAGAGAGGAGGACUUGGAAGACGGCUCAAAGGGUGGUGGGGACAUCCUAAAGUCACUGGAAAAUACUGUAACCACAGCCAUCAACAAGGCCCAAAAUGGUGCUCCCAGCUGGAGCGCAUACCCAAGUAUCCAUGCAGCCUACCAGCUGUCAGAGGGUGCCAAGCCACCCAUGGCAAUGGGCUCUCAGAUACUGCAGAUCAGACCCAACCUGGCCAACAAGCUAAGGCCAAUCGCACCCAAAUGGAAAGUCAUGCCGCUUGGCCCUGUGCCCACAAACCUGGCCCUGUACACUCAAGUUAAGAAGGAGGCAGAAGACAAAGAUGAAGCCGUGAAGGAGUGUGGGAAGGAAAGUCCCCACGAAGAGGCCACAUCUCUCAGCCAGUCUGAGGGGGAGUGUUUCUCCAAAAUCGAAGCACCUUUGGAAUCCAGAAAGGCUGAGCCCUGUCCCCUGAAGGAGGAAGAGAAGCUGCUGAAAGAGAAAACAGAGCCCUUAGAACCAGUGUCUUCUCUCAGCAAUGGAUGUGCACCGGCUAACCACACCUCAGCCCUGCCUGGCAUCAACCCACUCAGCGCCCUGCAGUCGGUCCUGAACAACCACCUGGGCAAAGCUACAGAGCCCUUGCGCUCACCUUCCUGCUCUAGCCCCAACUCAAGCACAAUCUCCAUGUUCCACAAGCCCAGUCUCAGCAUGGUGGACAAGCCAGUCAUAAGUCCCUCCUCAACCAGGCCGGCCAGUGUGUCCCGACACUACCUGUUUGAGAACAGUGACCAGCCCAUCGACCUGACCAAGUCCAAAAGCAAGAGAGCCGAGUCCUCACAAGCACAAUCCUGCACGUCCCCACCUCAGAAGCAUGCUCUGUGUGACAUUGCCGACAUGGUCAAGGUCCUCCCCAAAGCCACCACCCCAAAGCCAGCUGCUUCCUCGAGGGUCCCUCCUAUGAAGUUGGAAAUGGAUGUCAGGCGCUUUGAGGAUGUUUCCGGUGAAGUCUCAACGUUGCACAAAAGAAAGGGCAGGCAGUCCAACUGGAACCCCCAGCACCUUCUCAUCCUGCAAGCGCAGUUUGCCUCGAGCCUCUUCCAGACGUCAGAGGGCAAAUACCUGCUUUCUGACCUGGGCCCGCAAGAGCGCAUGCAGAUCUCCAAGUUCACAGGGCUCUCGAUGACCACGAUCAGCCACUGGCUGGCCAACGUCAAAUACCAGCUUAGAAAAACCGGUGGGACAAAAUUCCUGAAGAACAUGGACAAAGGGCACCCCAUCUUUUACUGCAGUGACUGUGCAUCCCAGUUCAGAACCCCCUCUACUUACAUCAGCCACUUAGAGUCUCACCUGGGCUUCCAAAUGAAGGACAUGACCCGGAUGGCAGCUGACCAGACAAGCAAGGCAGAGCAGGAGCUCUCCAGGGUGUCGUCGGCUCAGAGGUCUCCGGAAACAAUAGCUGGAGAAGAGGACACAGACUCUAAAUUCAAGUGUAAGUUGUGCAGUCGGACAUUUGUGAGCAAACAUGCGGUAAAACUCCACCUAAGCAAAACGCACAGCAAGUCACCCGAGUACCACUCUCAGUUUGUAACAGACGUGGACGAAGAAUAG